GGUUGGGUUUUAGUAUUUUAUUUAUAAAAAUAACACGAUUAAAAUUUUAAGGGAAAUUAUAUAAAAAAAACCAUCCUCUUAUCUCUGUUUCUCUCUCGUUUUCUCACGCAACUACCCCCGAAUCCAUUCGAGAAUCAUUGUCGCCCGAUAGCCCAGCCUAGUCCUCCACCACGUUGACACCCAACCCCAUAGCCUACCCUCCUCCGCCCCGUCCAGACCCAGCCUCGCUGAACACCAGCCACCGUUGCACCUGCAUCUCUAUACCUCCUCUGACCGCCUCCUGGAACUCUAGCCUUCUCCUCUGCCUGAUUCGCUGUCGUUAAGACCCGUGGGGAUCUGUGAUUGUCCCAAACAUAAAUAUGAUUCCAAAGGUCCAGGAUCCUAGAGAGGAAGUUCUUCAAGCAUGGUUCAUGGAUGACAGUGAUGAAGACCAGAGACUUCCUCAUCAUCGGGAACCAAAGGAAUUUGUAUCUUUGGACCAACUUGCUGAGCUUGGAGUGCUCAGCUGGAGACUUGAUGCUGAUAACUAUGAAACAGAUGAGGAGCUGAAGAAGAUUCGUACAGAACGUGGAUACUCCUACACGGAUUUCUGUGAAGUUUGCCCAGAGAAGCUUCCAAAUUACGAAGAAAAGAUAAAAAAUUUCUUUGAGGAACAUCUUCACACUGAUGAAGAGAUCCGCUACUGUGUGGCAGGAAGUGGUUAUUUUGAUGUGAGAGACCGUGAUGAACGCUGGAUCCGUGUGUGGGUGAAGAAAGGUGGAAUGAUUGUUUUGCCUGCUGGAAUUUAUCACCGUUUUACUUUGGACACAAACAAUUAUAUCAAGGCAAUGCGGCUUUUUGUUGGUGACCCAGUUUGGACUCCAUUCAAUCGUCCCCACGACCAUCUUCCAGCUCGGUAUGCUUCUUUGCUUCAACAGCGGGUUGUCCCAAGUUUCUUUCCUGUUCGGUUUCGGUCCUCACAUAAGUUUCUUCUUUGCAGGAAGGAGUAUGUGAAAUCUUUUGUGGAAAAGGAUGGUGGUAAUGCUAUAAAUGCUGCAGCUUGAAAUCUGCCUCUCCCUUGGUGUGUGGAAUAUAUAAAUAAUGCCAAGCUUGUAUGGCUCUAUGGAUUUUGUUUGUCUAUGCUGUUGUGUACCCUACUUACCAUCAACAGUAAUUUGAUGGAUUUACUAAAAGGCAUUUGAUGCAUUGUGGGUACUUAUGUAUUUAUUAUAUAAUAAUUGGUUUGGUACAA